AUGCCUUGUCCACCGCAAUCGGAUGAAUUGGUUUUCUUUGUGAACGGGAGGAAGGUGAUAGAGAGGAAUGCGGACCCAGAAGUGACUCUGCUGAACUUCCUACGGAAGAACUUACGUCUCACAGGGACCAAGUACGCCUGCGGAAGAGGAGGCUGCGGCGCCUGCACCGUGAUGGUGUCUAAGCAUGACUCCGUGUCCACGAAGAUAAGACACUUCUCCAUCACUGCAUGCCUGGUGCCCAUCUGCUCUCUGUAUGGAGCUGCUGUCACCACUGUGGAAGGUGUUGGAAGCAUCAAAACUAGGCUUCACCCUGUACAGGAGAGGAUUGCAAAGAGCCACGGCACCCAGUGUGGAUUCUGCACCCCUGGGAUGGUGAUGUCCUUGUACACGCUGCUCAGGAACCACCCACAGCCCUCAGAGGAGCAGCUCAUGGAAGCCCUGGGGGGUAAUCUAUGCCGCUGCACUGGGUAUCGGCCAAUUCUUGAGAGUGGAAGGACCUUCUGCAUGGAGUCAAAUGGCUGUCAACAGAAAGGACCAGGAAAUUGCUGCUUGGAUCAGGGAGAAAAUGAUUCUUCCUCACUUGGCAGAAGAAGUGACAUUUGCACGGAGCUGUUUGCAAAAGAGGAGUUCCAGCCCUUGGACCCUACCCAGGAGCUCAUAUUUCCUCCAGAACUCUUGAGGAUGGCAGAGAACCCAGAAAAACGAACCCUGACCUUUUAUGGAGAGAGGGUUACCUGGAUCUCCCCUGGGACCCUAAAGGAUCUCCUGGAGCUGAAAGUGAAACACCCUGAAGCCCCUCUGAUCCUCGGCAACACCUCACUAGGACCUGCAAUGAAAUCACAAGGAUAUUUUCACCCAAUUCUGCUCUCUCCUGCUAGGAUAUAUGAGCUGACUACAGUGACUAAAACAAGUGACGGAAUGACAAUAGGUGCUGGCUGCAGCCUGGCCCAGAUGAAGGACAUCUUGGCUGAGAGGAUAUCCGAGCUCCCAGAGGAGAAAACUCAGACGUACCGAGCCCUCCUGAAGCACCUGAGGAGUCUGGCCAGCCAGCAGAUCCGGAAUAUGGCAUCCUUAGGAGGACAUAUUAUAAGCCGGCAUUGCUAUUCGGAUCUGAAUCCAAUUCUUGCUGUGGGCAACGCUACCCUCAAUCUGAUAUCAGAAGAAGGUACACGGCAGAUUCCUCUAAAUGAACAUUUUCUUGCUGGGUUGGCAAGUGCAGACCUUAAGCCAGAGGAAAUUUUGGAAUCUGUCCAUAUCCCUCACUCUCAAAAGUGGGAAUUUGUGUCAGCCUUUCGACAGGCUCAGUGCCAGCAAAACGCCUUGCCUGAUGUGAACGCUGGCAUGCGGGUCCUUUUCAGAGAAGGCACAGACGCCAUUGAGAACCUGAGCCUUGCCUACGGAGGACUAGGGGCUGCCAUAGUCAGCGCACCUAAAUCCUGCCAGCAGCUCCUGGGCAGGCGCUGGAAUGAGCUGAUGCUCAAUGAGGCUUGCAGGCUGCUUGUGGACGAAGUCUCCCUCCCAGGCUCAGCUCCAGGCGGCAAGGUGGAAUUCAGGAGGACUCUGGUAGUCAGCUUCUUCUUCAAGUUCUACCUAGAGGUUUUGCAGGAAUUGAACAAGAUCGUAAGUGCUCUGGACAGCAGUCGUUAUCCUGAAAUCUCAGACCAAUUCCUGAGUGCUCUAGAAGAUCUCCCAGUCACAAUACCCCAGGGAGUCCAAACAUACCAGAGUGUGGAUUCUCAUCAACCUCUCCAAGAUCCAGUUGGGCGCCCUAUCAUGCACCUGUCAGGUCUUAAACAUGCCACUGGUGAAGCCAUAUUUUGCGAUGACAUCCCCAUGGUGGAUAAAGAACUCUUCAUGGCUUUGUUGACCAGUAGCAGGGCUCAUGCAAAAAUAAUAUCAAUUGAUUGGUCUGAGGCCCUUGAACUACCCAAGGUGGUUGAUGUGAUAACAGCCGAAGAUAUUCCAGGUACCAAUGGUGCCAAAGACGACAAAUUGUUGGCUGUAGAUGAGGUACUUUGCGUGGGCCAGAUCAUCUGUGCUGUGGUUGCAGAGACAGAAGUACAGGCAAAGCGAGCACUUGAAAAGAUAAAGAUCACCUAUGAAGAUCUGGAGCCUGUAAUCUUCACCAUACAGGAUGCCAUAAAAUACAAUUCAUUCCUAUGCCCUGAAAAAAAACUUGAACAAGGAAACAUUGAGGAGGGAUUUGAAAAAGUCGAUCAAAUUGUUGAAGGAGAGGUCCAUGUUGGAGGACAGGAGCAUUUUUACAUGGAAACACAAAGAGUACUUGUUAUUCCAAAGACAGAGGACAAAGAACUGGACAUUUAUGUGUCAACACAGGAUCCAGCCCACGUGCAGAAAACAGUGUCCUCUACUUUAAACAUCCCCAUCAACAGGAUCACCUGUCAUGUAAAACGAGUGGGUGGAGGUUUUGGGGGGAAGGUAGGAAGGCCAGCUGUAUUUGGGGCGAUUGCAGCUGUGGGUGCCAUCAAAACUGGUCAUCCCAUCCGUCUUGUUCUUGAUCGUGAAGAUGACAUGUUAAUAACUGGGGGAAGGCACCCAUUAUUUGGAAAAUAUAAAGUGGGAUUCAUGAACACUGGGCGAAUCAAAGCUCUGGACAUUGAGUGCUACAUUAACGGAGGAUGCACGCUGGAUGACUCGGAACUGGUAACAGAAUUUCUUAUACUAAAGCUGGAAAAUGCAUAUAAAAUCCGCAACCUCAGGUUCCGAGGCCGUGCAUGCAUGACAAAUUUGCCAUCCAAUACAGCCUUUCGCGGAUUUGGCUUCCCACAAGGAACCCUAGUAACAGAAUCUUGCAUCGCAGCUGUGGCAGCCAAAUGUGGCCUUCCGCCAGAAAAGAUUAGGGAGAAAAACAUGUACAAAACAGUUGAUAAAACCAUCUACAAACAAGCGUUCAACCCUGAGAACCUGAUACGAUGUUGGAACGAAUGUCUGGACAAAUCUUCCUUUCACAGCAGAAGAAUGCAAGUGGAAGAGUUCAAUAAGAAGAAUUAUUGGAAGAAGAAGGGCAUUGCUAUUGUCCCCAUGAAGUUUUCUGUCGGCUUUGCAGCAACGAGCUAUCAUCAGGCAGCUGCACUCGUUCACAUCUACACAGAUGGGUCUGUGUUGGUCACACAUGGAGGCAACGAACUGGGACAAGCGAUUCACACCAAAAUGCUACAGGUGGCCAGUCGUGAAUUAAAAAUACCUAUGUCUUAUAUGCACAUCUGUGAAACCAGCACAGCAACAGUGCCUAAUACAAUUGCUACAGCAGCGUCCAUCGGCGCAGAUGUCAAUGGCAGAGCUGUGCAGAAUGCUUGUCAGAUCCUUCUGAAACGCCUUGAGCCCAUCAUUAAGAAAAAUCCAGAAGGUACAUGGGAAGACUGGAUAGAAGCUGCAUUUGAACAAAGAAUCAGUCUCUCAGCCACUGGAUACUUCAGAGGCUACAAGGCCUUCAUGGACUGGGAGAAGCGGGAGGGAGACCCGUUUCCCUACUACGUCUAUGGAGCUGCCUGUUCCGAGGUUGAAAUCGACUGCCUGACAGGCACUCACAAAAAAAUCAGAACGGACAUCAUCAUGGAUGCAUGCUGCAGUCUAAAUCCAGCCAUUGAUAUUGGGCAGAUUGAAGGUUCAUUUAUUCAAGGAAUGGGUCUUUAUACCAUUGAAGAGUUGAAAUAUUCUCCAGAAGGUUUCCUGUACUCCCGGAGCCCAGAUGAAUACAAAAUUCCAACCAUCACUGACGUCCCAGAAGAGUUCAACGUCUCCUUGUUGCCCUCUUCACAAACCCCACUAACCAUCUACUCAUCUAAGGGCCUCGGGGAGUCUGGGAUGUUCCUGGGGUCAUCUGUGUUUUUUGCCAUUGCUGAUGCAGUGGCUACAGCACGCAGAGAAAGAGACAUGGCUGAGGACUUCAUAGUGAACAGCCCAGCAACUCCAGAACAGGUUCGAAUGGCCUGUGCAGAUCGGUUCACAGAAAUGAUCCCAAGAGAUGACCCUAAGACAUUUAAACCUUGGUCUAUCCCUAUAGCAUAA